ACUCCAUUAUUGUUUUGAUUGAAUUGUCAGACGCAUCGCAUCACUUGAAUAUCAAUUUGAAUUGAGAUUUAUAAUGAAUUUUGUGAACAAUGGGUGGAAAUAACAGUAAAUUUCGUAAAUAUGUUGAAAACGGAGACGAAGUGUCAUCUCUUAAAUUAAUUGAAGAACAUUCAGAACUGUUGACACAUUUUAAUCCAAAUGAAAACAUUAAUGAAUCAAAUGAAUCGUCGCUUCUAUUAUGUUGCAAGUGGUCGAUGACAUCAAUUGUUAAAACACUUCUCUAUGAAUGUAAUGGAAACCCCAAUCAAAGGAAUGUCUUCAAUCAGACAGCUCUUCAUCUCAUUUGCCAAAUCCCUGUCCGCUUUGAUGAAGAGUCGAUUGAGUCAAUAGACAGUAUAAGACUUAAAUCUACUGAAGAAGAAAAUGAAAAGAGAGCUAAUUGUUUGAAAGUACUUCUCGAUUGGAAUCAAUUCCAUGAAUCAGACAAAUGUAUGAAAAAUAUUGAAGUUAUUGAUAUAAAUGCUUUGGACAGAAAUGGAAACACAGCUCUUCAUUUGGCUGUUUCUAAUGGACUCUUUGAAUGCAUUAAGAUUUUGUGUGAAAAUGAUUGUAAUUUAUUUAUUGAGAACCAAUUAGGAGAUACAGUGUGUGAUGUGGCCAUCAAACACAACUGUUUGGAUAUUUUAAAGUAUUUAGAGUUUAAAAUUGUUUUCAGCAGUCAAUCAAAUGUUAAUUUAAAUAAUAAUUAUUCCGUUUAUAAUUUAAAAGAAGACUAUUCUCAGCUAAUGUUCGAUGAUUUAGAAAAAAUGAAAAAUGAAUUAAUUGUCGAGACAUCCAAUCUUUUAAAUAUAAGUCUUUCAUCCGCCGAAGUAAUUCUCAGAUCAUACGAUUGGUCACAAGAAUCGUUGAUCGAUAAUUGGUUUAAUGAUACCGAAAAAUCUAUAAAACAUAAACAUUUGAAUACUAUUUACGAUAACGACAUUCUCAAGACUGAAGACAUAGAAUCCGUUGAACAAAAACUAUGUGAUAUUUGUUCGCAAGAGUUAGUGUCCAAUGGAGUGGUUGGUGCCAAAUGUGGUCAUCAAUUUUGUACAAAUUGUUGGCAAACCUAUAUAGAGCUCAAAAUAGAUAGUGGAGACACAUCUUGUAUGUCGUGUCCAGCAUUUAAUUGUUGCCAUUUGAUCACAAUUAAGAUCAUUGAAAAAGUUGUUUCUCCAGAAUAUUUUCAACGUUUCCUACAAAAAGAUAUCGAAGUAUUUAUUGAAAACAAUCAAAGCAUCCAAUGGUGUCCAUAUCCCGUUUGUAAUAAAGCAGUUUAUUUACCCGAAUCCAAGACCAAAGUCAAUAGCGAACAUUCGUAUAUAUUGGCGAAUAUGCCACCACUUCUUCCAGUUAGUCACUCAGUUGAGUGCGGAUCAGGUCAUAACUUUUGCUGGGAAUGUCGUAAAGAGCCUCAUAGUCCAUGUGAUUGUAAACUAUGGGAAGAUUGGAUGACAAAAAUUGGUGAUAUAAAAGCUGAAGAACUUAAACAAAAGUAUUCGCGAACAGAGGACGCGGCCAAUAGUCUAUGGUUAGUACGAAACGCCAAACAAUGUCCGCGAUGUAAGGCUCACAUCCAGAAGAGUGAUGGCUGUAAUCAUUUGCGUUGUUAUAAAUGUAAAUAUGAUUUCUGUUGGAUAUGUUUGGAGACCUGGAAGAAGCACAACUCAGGCACCGGUGGCUACUUUAGAUGCAAUCGUUCAGAAGCCGCACAAAGAGCUGAACAAAAUCUUUGUCUUUUGAAACGAGUAGCCGAAGCACACAAUUGCGAAAUGAAAGAACUCAAGAAAUUUGUCUUUUAUUACACUAAAUAUAAGUUUAAUCUAAUGACAAACGAAAGCCAAAUAUCACUCAUUGAAAGAUCAAAAUCUAAACAAAAAGAACUUUUUAAGUAUUCUUUAGAAUUAACAGAAAUCAACUCCUCUUCAGAAACUAAAAUGGUUUCAGAAGACGAUGACUUUCUUUAUAAGUGUUCACUUGAAUUGAUCCGAUCGCGUAAUGUGUUGUGUGGUUCAGCUGUUUAUGGCUAUUAUCUCGAAGAUCACGGCUAUAAUAAGGCUAUAUUUGAAUACAUGGAAAAUAAUCUUAAUUUUGUAUCAAAUCGAUUAUCCGAAACAAUUAGUGGAAACUUUGAAUAUUUACGAAACUCUAAAAGUUUUAUAAUUGAUUUGACAGAUAAAAUGAAGAUUAAAAGAUUAGAGUUAUUAUCAGCAGUUUGUAAUGGACUCAUUCCUCCUGAGACCCCUUCAGGGUUUAAUAAACACCAGAGAAGACAUUGUUUGCCGGGAGUGUUGGCAUUGGAUUCAAUGGAGAAUCUCAACAAUCCAUGUGAUGAAAACGAUAUUAGUCUUAUAAAUCAAGCGAUUAUAUCAUCAUUAAGUGAUUUAAAUGACAAGAAUUCUUGGAUUCAGGACAAACACGGAAGACAUAACAAUUUAUUUGUUUUAUACGACUGGCCCGAUGACUGUCACGUCGAUUAUAGUCAUCUAAGUACUUGUGGUGACAAAAGUGAUAAUUUUUUCACACAGAAUAACACAGAAUCAGACAUUUGUUGCAAUUCUUAUUGUUGGAAACCAAAAAUUUUAAAUCCAAGAACCGGUCAAAAGCAUGAUUUUUGUUCACUUAAAUGUAAAUAUUUGACGCAAGAAAUGGAUAAUAAUUACUUGAGUAUUGAUAUGAACUAUAAAUACGACAAUUCUAUGGAUUUGCUGAUUGCUAUUGAAAUGUCAAAGAUUUCAUAUGAAGAGGAAAGACAAAGACAUGAGUUCAACGAUUUGUCGACUGAAGAACAGACAGAUAAUAGUGACACUAAAAGUGACACAAAUAAUAGCAAUCCGUUUGAAAUGUUUGUCGAAGAUAUUAAAGCCAAUCCCGAUGUCAGCCAACAAUCAUCGACAAAGACAGCAAUCAAGUUCUUUCUCAAGAGUUCUUUCAAUGAUAUGAUUGACGAUAAAAAUAUCAAUCUAUCAUCAAAUGAUUUUAAAACCAAUAAACAGUUGUUUUCUAACCAUUAA